AACUAUAAAAGACACAAAAGGUUUCAUGAGAAACAUUUAUUUAAGAUCUUUAUUGUCCCACAACAAUGAAACAUCUUCCACUGGUUGAGUGACUGGUUCCGUGUGUCUGCUACGUCUCUGUGUCGAGUUCAUGUCACUCUCCUGUAAAGUAAAGGCCCAAAAUACCUUAAUUCAAUCGAACUGUGGGAUUGACUGAUAUGAAAUUUAAUAAAAGGAAUACAUAAUAACAAAGCACAGAUGUAAUACCUCUGGUCACCAGCAGCAGGUGCUGUUUUGGCAGUAAAAGGAAGAUGGGGAGGAUCUUGGAUUUCAGCUUAAUCCUCUUAGCUCCUUCCUUAAGCGCUUUGCCUCCGCAGCUCAGUCUGCACACACCUCAGCAGAGUGCAAGUGUCCAACAUGUACAAAAUGUACAACGCUCAGUGGGACGAGGGCAGCGAAGACGACAAGAAUUGUCUCAGCUCGUCCUUUUGGACCGACGAGGAGAAGCAGGAGGAGGAGGAGGAGAUAGAGCGAGUGGUCAGUGAAGAAGACUCCAAAGCUGAAGCCAAGAGGGCAGAGGCGACUUCAGAGAAGGAAAAUGGAAGUAGUGAUGAAGAGGGGGAGGAGAUUAAGCGAGUGGUUGAAGAAGAAGAGUGGAAACCUGUAGACGGGGCAGAGGAAUCUUCACAGGAGGAAAAACCUGCCAUGAAGAACCAGGAGAACUUCACCGGAGAGAGUUCUGAAGAUGGAAGUGAUGAGGAGGUGGAAGAAGAAGAAGAAGACGGGGCGGAUGAUGAGGAAGGUGGAAGUGAUGAUGAGGAGGAGGAGGAGGAGGAGGAGACUGAACGAGAGGUUAAUGAAGACGAGUCCAAACCUGUUCCUGAAGCAGAGGACUCUUUCAAGGAGGCUUCAGAGGAGGAAAAACCUGAGGUGAAGAACCAGGAGAACUUCACCAGAGAGAGUUUAGAAGAUGGAAGUGAUGAUGAGGAGGAGGAGGAAGAAGGGGAGGAGAUUGAGAGAGUGGUAAAUAAAGACGAGGCAGUGGAAUCUUCACAGGAGGCUUCAGAGGAGGAGAAACCUGAUAUGAAGAACCAGGAGAACUACAGUGAGGAGAGUUCUGAAGAUGGAAGUGAUGAGGAGAUGGAGGAAGAAGAAGAAGAGGGGGCGGAUGAUGAGGAAGAUGGAAGUGAUGAGGAGGAGGAAGAUGAAGGGGAGGAGACGGAACAAGAGUCUAAUGAAGAAGAAUCCAAACUUGUUGCCAAGUUAGAGGACUUUCUCCAGGAGGCUUCAGAGGAGGAAAAACCUGAGGUGAAGAACCAGGAGAACUUCACCACGGAGAGUUGUGAAGAUGGAAGUGAUGAGGAGGAGGAGGAGGAGAUUGAGCGAGUGGUCAAUGAAGACGAUUCCAAACCUUUAGCCGAGACAGAGGAGGAACAAUCUGAGGUGAAGAACCAGGAGAACUUCACCAGAGAGAAUUCAAAAUGUGGAAGUGAUGAUGACAAGGAGGAAGAGGAGGGAAACUGCACCGGCAGUUGUAGCAGUCCAGCUCAGAGUCUGAUGACCUCCGGCUACGGCACCUACAGACCAGAGGAGCAGGAGGGAGGAGACUACCGAGACGACCACACCAUCACAGAGUUUGACCAGGACAGUCGAGGAGACGCGUCUGAAAUGAGAGACUACGAAGAAGAAGACAAUCGUUCACUUAGCAGCUUCAGCAGGUUUGAAAUCGAAUCCACACGAGAGCGAGGAAACGUCCAGACUCGUCCAGAGAGCGUGUUAGAGAACGAAGACCAGAAGGAACCUGGAGCGGCGUGGAGCUCAGAUGGUCGACGUGAAGAGGAGGACGUCCCAGACUCUGAAAACAAAGACGGGACUAAUGAACGGCCGGAGGGACGACAACACGUCGCUGGGAUCGAAGACGGGUUCAUGUCGGGUGAGAAGCAUUUGGAAAAUGGGAAGAAUCCCGAAGAGGGAACAGGAAGUGAAAAACCCGAUGAAGAGGAGCGGGACGUUAAAGUGGAGAGAGAAGCCGAGGACGAAGAUCCCGACGAGUCUUCGAGCAACAAGGACAUAAAGUUCAUCGACUCCAAAGUGGAUUUCAGUUGGAUGGCGUACGACGAUAUGGAGUGGGAGGGGAACCUCAGGCAGAAGAAGGGUGCGAGCUGUCUGGAGGAAGGACUGGCGGAGCUUCACGUGUCCUCGUCCACUCAGCAGGACUUUGAGACGGAGAACGAAGACGUCCCCAGUCACAGCUCGGAGGAGGACAGGAUCUCGUUGAGUGCUUUUGAAUCCUACAUCAGCCGCAUGACUGAGUCUGAAAGUGAAUACGACCUCAGGCCCAAACCGAAAUCCUUCAUCCGACCGGUGCUGAAUCAGCAGAGCCUAAAGAAAACGGACCCAGUGACCAAGUAUUUUCAGUACAAGCAGUUCUGGGAAGCGUUUAAAGUCCCGGGAGAGAAAGACCGACGAGCUCUGCGCUGGGAGAUCAGGGAACGUCUCGCACACGAGCCUCCACCUACUAAACCUCGGAGGGUUUUGGUGCCCAACACCUACAUCGUGCCAACAGAGAAGAAGCGAGCGGCGCUCCGCUGGGAGAUCAGGAACGAUUUAGCCCACGGCCUCCUUCCUCACAAGCUCACUCAUUGACUUUAGACAUUUCUCUCCUUUGAGAUACUUUUAUUAAAACUUUGUACUGUUUUUUUUUUUUUUUUAAAUCGCAUUAUUUAUUCAUGACUUUUGUACAUAUUUGAAAUAUAAUAAAGACAAAGAAAACAACAGUGA